CAAUAAGCAUAGAAAAGCUACUGUAACACUGUUCCACAGGUCAAGCGUCCUCUCUCUCCCUCUCUAUCGUCCUUGAAAACCACCACCAUCCCCACCACUUUCUCCGCCGUGACCACUGCCAGCUAAAGUUUCAACCUUUCUCAUCUAUCGUAAGAAAAGAUCCAGACUUUUUUGCCAUUUCUACCACUUGAAGGAAUUCAUACAGGCUUUCCAUGGCUAAAACCCGACCCGGACUGUCCUCUUCAAAUCCCAAACCGGGGAAGAAAGACAUCAAUUCCUAUACCAUCCGUGGAACGAACAAGGUUGUGAAAGCUGGAGAAUGUGUGCUGAUGAGGCCAUCGGACGUCGGGAAGCCACCAUACGUGGCGAGGGUGGAGAAGAUCGAGUCUGACCACCGAAACAACGUGAAGGUUAGGGUUCGUUGGUACUACAGGCCCGAGGAAUCGCUUGGAGGCAGGAGGCAGUUUCAUGGAGCAAAGGAGCUAUUUUUAUCGGACCACUAUGACGUGCAGAGCGCGCACACCAUUGAAGGCAAGUGCACUGUCCACUCCUUCAAGAACUACACUAAGCUGGAGAAUGUUGGGGCCGAGGAUUACUACUGUAGGUUUGAAUAUAAGGCUUCCAAUGGAGCAUUCACACCCGACCGGGUUGCUGUGUAUUGUAAGUGUGAGAUGCCAUAUAACCCGGAUGACCUGAUGGUGCAAUGCGAGGGAUGCAAGGACUGGUACCAUCCUGCUUGUGUGGGCAUGAGUAUUGAAGCAGCGAAAAACUUAGAUUGCUUUACCUGUGAGGAUUGCAAGAAAGAAAUGAAAAAGUCUCAGAAUGGAUACCAUGAAUUGCCAGCUGCAGAAAACAAGGUGGAAGCCAAACGCCGGAAGAGAUAAAAGUGCAUCUGAUGUAAAGAAUGUACUAGGAGACAUCUGCUUGCAAAAUUAGCUGGUAGGAUGUUUGUUGCAUAACUUGUAUGUAUAGUGCAGCAAAACAAUGGCGUGCUUUGUUCAAACUUGGGCCUACUUUUAUUUAUGUGUUUGUGGUGCUUGUUGAUGUGCCCAGAUUUUCUGUUAUAAUCUAUGUCCAAGGAUAGGCAAAAGGAUUAAUUCCAUUUAGAUCAGUAACCUUCAACUGCAUUUCAGAGUAGGCAAAACAAAGAAUUCUCUGUUUUGGGAGAUGCUCUAUAUUUGAAUCCACCCUAGUUCCUGCCA